CCGGCUUUGCCAUUGUAUGGGAUUGCCUUUGGCGAUGGCCUGCCCAGCGGAAGGUUCACUAAUGGCCGCACAAUUGCUGACAUAGUUGGUGAUAAAAUGGGUCUCCCAAGGCCGCCACCUUUCCUUGAUCCUUCACUAGAUGAAGAUACCAUACUCAACCAAGGAGUCAAUUAUGCAUCUGGAGGAGGUGGAAUAUUGAAUGAGACCGCAUCACUUUUUAUUCAAAGAUAUUCACUUUGGAAACAAAUCGAACUGUUUAAAGGAACUCAAGAGAUGAUUAGAAGGAAGAUUGGCAAGGAAGCCGCAAACACGUUCUUCCAGCAAGCUCGUUAUGUUGUAGCUAUGGGAAGCAAUGACUACAUAAAUAACUUCCUCUUGCCUAUUUACUCUGACUCGUGGAAUUAUAAUGGAGAGACAUUCACGAACUACCUCAUAACUACACUUGAGAGCCAAUUAAGAGUUUUGCACUCGCUGGGAGUAAGGCAAAUGACAUUAUUUGGUUUAGGCCCACUGGGUUGCAUCCCUUUACAAAGGUUUUUUACUCCAUCUGGGCAGUGCCAAGAGUCCACAAACAAGCUAGCUCUCCAGUUUAAUAGCAAAGCUGUGAAUCUUCUCGAGAACUUAUCGAAAACUUUUCCAAAUGUUACGUUUAAGUUUGGAGAUGCUUAUAAUUCCUUUUAUGAUCUUAUAAAUCACCCAAAAAACUAUGGUUUUACCAACGUAACAGAUCCUUGCUGCGCAACGGGAAACAUAAGACCGGCUAUCACAUGCACGCCAUUGUCCAACUUGUGCAAAGACAGAACCAAGUAUGUGUUCUGGGAUGAGUAUCACCCCACAGAUAGAGCAAAUGCAUUUAUAGCUUACUCGUUCCUCAAAAUGCUGGGAAUUAAACAGAAGCCAAUCAACGGAACACAUUAAUAGUUCAUAACAUGAGAAAAUCUUGACAUAUACUUCUCUACUAGCAGGACUCUGAAUUUCUUACUUACUGCAGCAUAAGUAUUGCUCAAAAUAUUUUUUAGUGAGCUUAGUUCAAGAAAUUUUCACGUUUGUAUUUAAUAUUACGCAUAGAAGGGCUCAAGGGUGUAUGUAAUAAUAUUGAGAACACAACUACUUCUUGAGUAAAUGAUAACAUAGCUCAGAUAUUGUAAU